AAUAGAGUGUUAUACUAUCAUAUAUACAGUAACUGGACUCAUCUAUGAAGGCAUAACCCAACACACAUGACUCUUUUUUGAUGAAUUACACCGUGGAAACCUUUUAAUCGUCUACUUACACACGCCAAUACAUACCUACAUACACACAAAUACACACACACACACGUAGAAAUGGAUGAUUUAGAAAUUUCCGAUGAUUUUGAAAGAUUCUGUCACAUAGCACAACGUUCGCCAAGAGAUAGUCUGGCGCCUAUAAUACAAAUUACAGAACCUUCAGCAUACCAUGGAAAUAUUAUUAAUAAUAAUAAUAAUAAUUUACCUCCAGGAGCUACAGACUACUUGUCUACACCGAAUAUGGAUUCAUUGAAACGUGCAUCAAGUUUUCGUGAGCCUAGACGUAGAAAAUCAAUUCAACCGAGUAGUUUCAGUGGUGAGAUCAGUGCGACUAGAUCACCGAUGAGAUUUAGUCAACAAUGGGAUAAUCCCAAUGAAAUGAUACAAUCAAGUUAUAGUUCUGGAUCACGACAACUACACAAACAGCAACAACAGCAGCAACAACAACAACCACGUCAAAGGUAUGCAAAUGAAACGAAUGAUUCAAGCGGUUUACGAGGGGGGGAUCCAUCAAGGUAUUGGCCAAAUCCAGAUUCAAAUCGUGAAUCGCCUGGAUCAUAUUCACAUUCCCCUGCAAUGUAUAGACCUGGAACAAUACGUGAUCGACCUGGUUCUAUGAAAGAGACAGGUAUCGGGAGGAUAAAAAAUCAUGAGAGACAUACCUCUAGACCAUCUGCUCCAACACUACAUCCAACAAAUUUUCCAGUUUUCCAGUAUUCACCAAGUCGACAUUCAAUAACUCAACCAGAUGAACAAAUGUUACGCGUUCGACGUUUCGAACGGAAUAAACACGGUGAAGUGAUAAGUAAAGGUGAUCGUGAUGUUCCACAGAUUGAAAUUUUCUCUUCAAGAAGUCCAUCAGGUGAUUCACGUGCAUCUAUAGCUUAUCCAAGAUCAAUUCCUGAGAGUGCUCGACGUCAGUCUGAUUCUUCUCUAAGUGAUGAAGUGAUUGAAAUUCCAGCGAUAACUACAACACUAGCUAACUCGCCUAGAGCUUCAAAUGACGGUCUACACAGAUACUAUGGUAAAAGGACAAGUAGUCCAGUGAGAGGAUUUAGACCAGAGACACGUUUACGAUCAAAAUCAUGGGCUCUUGUCUCUGAUAGUCCACCAGACAGUUUAUCGAAUAAACCUGAUUCCCCAUCUGGUGGUGAAAUACAACUAGAGGAUCGUUUACUUCAAGUUCAAGUGAUUGGAACUGCACGAGUUGGCAAAACAAGUAUGUGUAUGCAAUUUCAUACUUCAGAGUCAAUUGAAGAUCCAAGCGAUUCAGUUCAUGACGAGGAACAAUUGAAUCCGGUUCGAGUUGAAAUUAACAAUUUGAAAGCCAGUCUAAUAUUUAUGGAGACAGAUAUCAAUGCAGAUGAUGUCGACGAAGAAUUGAACGCUUUAAUCAUAGACACAGCAGAUGCUUAUCUUGUAAUUUAUGCAGUGGAUGAUCGAAGUUCAUUUUAUGCUGCACGUAAAAUUAUCGGUUUAUUGUUAAGUCAAUGUAAGCGGUCCAGCGCGAUUAUUUUGGCAGCAAAUAAAUCUGACUUGGUUAGAACACGUGUUGUAACUAGUGAAGAUGGUAAAAAUUUAGCUCAAAUCUAUUCGUGUAGUUUUCAUGAAAUAUCUACUACACUGAAUCAUCGUGUCAAUGAUUUAUUAGUCGGUAUACUCAUAGCUAUACACGAACAACAAAGAAAUGUUCAAAAGGAACGUGCACGCCUUGAUCGAAUGGCACAACAGAGAAAAUCUUCACAGAGUUCACCAAAGCAUAAAUCGUCAAUCACAGCGUUGAAAUCACCUGCUAACAGUGUAAUGAAAUUCUUUCGAAAACAUUUUACACCUAAAAAAAAUGAACAAAGUUUUGUUUAAAUAAUCAUUAUUAUAAUAAUAUUAGAGAAAAAAGUAUAUAUAUAUAUGCAUAGAUGAAUAGAACAUAUAUAUAUAUAUAUAUUCAUAAUAAAUAUGCGUAUUGAUUUUUAUUUUUAUUUGAUCCGUUCUGUGAUCACUUUGAUCGGAUUUUUCAAUUGUUUUUUCUCUUUCCUCUUCUUCUCGUUUUUUCUCCUCAAAAUAAUGCGUAUACUUCCUUCAACCACACACCCACCCCUCCGACUCAACCAUCCCUCAAAAACACAAACGCACACACGGAGUGAGAGAGGAAGAAUUAUGCCCAUGAAUAGUGUUCAUACUAAUAACAACUGUCCAUUACCUUACUUUGAAUUAUAAAUACUUGUAUAAUAUUUCUUAAUGAGUAAUAUGUUGCUAUACAUAGUUCAGACGUCAAACGGUUGGAGGUUACUGGGGGACGUACACAUAUAACUAUCAAUCCUAUUAAUGAUUGAGUUGAUCAACACUCACUCACUGACGACCUUUAUUCCACAUCACCUCAGAAAUAACUACACGCCUAAUGGUGCAGUGCAACUUUGUAGAUAUAUCUAAUUAAAGUUAUUAUUAAUAUUAUCACUAUUAUUAAUACCAGCUCUCUUUCCUUCAAUUUUAUUCUAAAUAACAAUUGCUUGGUUGAGUAACAUGGUGGAUUUUGUUCAUUGAACCGUUCUAUUUUUUUGGUUUUGUUUUUGGUGUGGGGAUAAUUUCAUGCAAUCUUGAAUUCGUCUCCUUCUCUAAUCUUUUUACUGGUUUUACUAUGUAUGCUAUACGACUAGACUGUUAAUAAUAUGAAAAUGACUAUUAAUAAAUACUAUUAUUUUUUAUUAUUAAUAAUAAUAAUGAUAUUAAUAUAACAAUAUUAAUCUUGAAAUUAUUGAUAUUGUCAGUGUGAUGAACGUGUUCACUCCCUAAAAGAGUAAAUUUCCUCUCCACCAUCUAAAAGUAUAU